UUGAAUGGUUUCUGUUAGUCAGUAGCACUGGGUCCACAUAAGGCGCAAGAUACUAUUAAUAGCCGUCUCGUAUGGUUGACAUUAUGUUCACUUUUAAGACGGUCACGUAAAAGUUUCAGGUAAACGAAAGUCAGAUCACACCCUGGACACGCAAGAUUUUUAACAAGUACAAACAAACGGUUGGAGUUGACCGCACCGGUUUGAUUUGCUUUCCCACUAUUGAUUCAGAAUGCGCUCAAAAAUGCUGUCUUCGAUCGGCUAACCACUAGGUUUUGGGACACAGCCAUUGUCUGAAGUGUGGGAGGUUGAGGCGCGUGUGUUGUGUUGUUGCCUAACAACCUCUGCGUCUGCAGCGUCUGCACUCCCCGUCCUCUCCAUCUCCUCCUCCUCUGAACAGGUCUUUCUUCAUUUCCAUGCCCAGAGAGCAGCAUAUUCACUCUUGUGUUAUUGAUAAGAGCUUCGUCCGAUAAGGAAUUCUUUCCUGUCUGGAGCUUUUUAUUACCUGCUGAUUCUGGUUUGGGAGAAUAUGAGUGUCAACAUCAGCAACUUUAUGGAGGAGAAAAGGGCGAACACAGAAGAAGCACCUUACAUGGAGAUGAAGACAAGCUUUGGUAACAAGGAGAACAUCAGACCUGCUAACAAAACACAACAUUCACAACUCAAACAGACCAAAGAAGAGAGUUUUGGCCUCAGUUUACCUCUUGGAGAGGAAUAUGAAAGAAAAAAGCAGAAGUUAAAGCAAGAACUACGUCUCGAUUACCGGCGCUUUAUGUCUGAGAAAAAAAAUCUAAUUAUUGCUGAUCCACUUCCACAGUCCCACAUGCUGUCUCUUCCCAUAAAAGAACGGAGAUCAGCGAAAGAAAAACUGCAGGAUGAGAGGAACAAGGAAUAUAAUAUGUUUCUCCGAGGGCAAGAGGGAGCACAGAAAAAUGGGAAAACUUCCGCUACCCCACAGGCCCUGGAGAGAGAUCGCUUUGGCUCUAUUACUCCAAAGUACCCUACUGGUUCUCUAGAGGUACAAGCGCAAAGGGCCAGUCAGAGCCUGGAGAACAUUGCGUUCUCAAAAAGGGAUGUUGCCACUGUGACUGAGCCCAUUUCUGGAGUGCCGGAUCGCUGGGGAGGCCCUCACCGAGAUCACACUAGUUCUGAUGAGGAAAUAGAGCUCCUAGAGAAGGAGAGGCAUAGAAAUGUACAGGAAGACACAGGCAAAACCAGGAGAGGAGGAAAACACGACAACAGCUCUCACAGUCUACAAGCACCGACUCCAGCGCAAAGCAGAUCUGUUAACGAACAGAACAUGACUGAGUUUGCCACAGGACUCAUGAUUGGUGCUACUGAAGGGAAUGAGGCCUCUCAGAGGAGGAAGGAACGUUACAGGCUGGAGCUGCUACAGCAAAUAGCCGAACAGCAAAAGAACAAAAGGAAGGAGAAGGAGCUAGAGUUGAGAGUGGCUGCAACAGGCGCUGUUGAUCCAGAAAAAAAGAUUCAAGAACGACAGCAGAGACGGCAUCGCGAGAAGGUGGAAAAAGAGCUGUAUGAUGCUAAAAUGGAGGCUGAGAUGAAGGCCUACGAGCCCUGGGGAAGAGCAGGAGGAGGAGCCCCUCUUAGGGAUGGUCAUGGGAACCUCAUCAGUGAUUUGAAACAAAUGCAUAAAACAAACGUGGAAGCUUAUGAUUCCGGAGGCAGAUUAGCAAGGAUUCCAGUGGCUUCUAGAACAGAACCUGCAGGUUUUUGUUCUUCUCAGCCAUCUGUGAAAGCCCGGGGUAACCUUUUCAAUGAACUGCCCACUCCACAGCAGCUCCAUGAACAGGAAAAGUACAAGGAUAGCUUGAAACAACAGAUCGAGGAAAAGAGGAGAAAGGAGGCAGAAGAGAGGGAGCGGCACAGGCUCGAGGAAGAGAAAGAAGACAGGCGGUUGACUGAACAGCGAGCUCGGAUCCAAGGGGAGUAUGAGGAAGAGCAGGAGAGGAAGCGUCAGAAAGACAAAGAGCAAAUGGCCAAAAAUGAGGAGUUGAUUAGACAAGCCGAAGAGCGCCGUAAAGAGGCUGAGAAAAUGAGGAAAGAAGUGGAGGAGAAGGAGAACAAAGCCCUGAGAAAGAGGCAGGAGAGAGAGAAAGAGACACAUCUGGAGGAGGUCCACAGGGCACCAUCACCACCCCUACCAGCCUUGCAGAAGAAAAUACGUCAGCAGACGCCCAGACCUCCAUCGGUGGAGAGCCACCGCUCUUCCGCUACUCUGUCUAUUCGAUCUAUGUCAGCACCACAUUCUCCCCCAGUGCCUGCCCGCAGGAACGAGAUCAGGGCCACAGAAGAAAAAGCUACUGUGAUCAGGGAGUUAUCGGCCUUGCGUAGGCAGCUGCGGAGUGAACGGAGACGUCUGGAGGGAGAAUUGAUGCAGUCUAACAGAAAUGAUCACACCCCUCCUGUUCAUAGCAGGUCAAAAGAGCACCUCCCGGAGGAUGUUUUUGAAGUGGCGAGACUACGCAAACAAUUCCCCAACAGGAGGCCGGCUUCCCACACCACUGCAGCGGUCAACAUGCAUAACCUGCAGGAGUUUAACCAUCUGAAGUACAGAGAUGGUGCAUCUCGUGAGGAGGUGCGACAGACGUAUCCCGACCCCCCCAGUGAUGAUCACAGUCUAGAUAUCCAGCAACAGGCUCUGUUACGCCAACAGCAACGAACCAUCAACAGCCUGAGGAGAGGCAGAGCUGCUGAUUACUUUGACAUGGUGUCUUCAGGGCAGCGGCAUCAUGAGCAAAGGCUGAAUUCUGCACAGCAUCCAGGCAGACACUUGCUGUUAGACUCAGAGAGUGCCUUUAUUGACCCCAGUGGCGAUUCAUUCCUUCUGCAAUCCCGGCGUGACCAGAGAGCGAGACCGGCAGUUAGGAAGACAGACAUGUCUGAAGAGGUGAUAAACCGGUACGCUCGACCUGACAGCAGUCCUGACAGUCAGUCUCUGCACUCGCUAACCAGCACAGAAAUAGAGCAUCUGAGAGAGCGCACAAAGAACAAGAUGACAUCGCUGAACAACAUGAGAGAACAUGAUUGGAGAUCAGGGGAAGUGUCAACAGAGGAAGGGGAGGAGCUAUGGCCACAGACUCCUCCUUCAACCAACCGGCGCGUUUCCAUCAACACCAUUGCCACAGACCCCUGGUUACGUCCUAGUUCCUCAGAAACACUGAAGAGAUUCAUGGGCAGUCGCAGGCCAUCCAGCCGAAACCACAUAGGCCAGGAUUGGGAAGGGCCGUCCACUUACCAUGGUUAAAUCUCAUUCAAAACACAUGAAUUCUGAAUUCUUAUGACGGUUUUGCUAUUUAGCUAUUUUGUUUAUACAAGUAAAUACAAACUUGUAUACUUGAGGCCAAAGAUGAACAUUAACGAUUUAUAAGUCCAGUUUCUUCGUUCCUGUCUUACUUUUAAUUGAUGUGAAUGAAAUAUUGCGCUUAGAAAGUUCUGGAACACUUCCUGUAGCAUUAAGAGUCUGUUCCCUCCGGUCAGAGAGUGCAGUCUGGGAGAUAUUCACUUUGAUGCUUCAUACUGUGAUUGUAUGAAUGUGUAAACUGCAUGAAUUCUGUUUGUCAGGUGAGCGAUAUGGACUUCCAAUGUUGUAAUAUGUAAUUAGAUUUUCAUUUUUAAUGAUUGUUUUACGACACAUGAAUUGUAAGUAGGAAUAUGAGCUUAUGCAAGCAUAAGUUUACAGUCUUAACUGAAAACAUAAGCUAAUGUAAUUAGCAUGUAAGGUAAUGUCUAUGGACUCUUUAAUAAAUAUUUUAAGA